AUGGCAUCCCUGCCCGAACAAAGCCAGAAUCUGGCACUUGAGCUUCAAGAUGGCUACGUUUGCUUUGGACAAAGCUUCGGUGCCGACAAGAGCAUCUCUGGAGAGCUUGUCUUCCAGACUGGUAUGGUCGGCUACCCCGAGUCUGUAACAGAUCCUUCAUACAGAGGUCAAAUCCUUGUCAUUACAUUUCCCCUUGUGGGCAACUAUGGCGUCCCGUCUCGAGAGGAAAUGGAUAGUCUGCUCAAGGAAGUUCCAGCAAAUUUCGAGUCUAGAGAGAUUCACAUUGCUGGACUCGUCGUGGCUACAUAUGCCGGCGAGGAAUACUCCCACCACUUGGCCACCUCUUCGCUGGGUGCAUGGCUCAAGGAACAGGGCGUGCCCGCCAUCACAGGCGUCGACACGCGAGCGCUAACCAAACGUAUCAGAGAAGAGGGAAGCAUGCUGGGACGUCUUCUCCAGAGGACCGCACCAACACCCUCUGCCGCUCUCACCGAGGGCGAGACCGACUGGAGGAGCAGCUUCGAGCAGAUUGAAUGGGUAGACCCCAACAAGAAGAACCUUGUCGCCGAAGUCUCCAUCAAGGAGCCAAAGCUUUACUCUCCCGAUCCCGCCACUGCGCUCAAGCACCCUUCUGGCCGUCCUGUUCGUGUAGUAACCGUUGACGUGGGUCUCAAAUACAAUCAAUUGAGAUGCUUGGUACGAAGGGGAGUCGAAGUCCUACAAGUACCUUGGGACUACGACUUCCCCAAGCUUGCCGGCAAGGACUAUGAUGGUCUCUUCAUCUCCAACGGUCCCGGUGACCCAGCCAUGAUGGAGUCUACAGUACAGCACAUCAAGAACGCCAUGGAUGAGGCCCGAACACCCAUCUUUGGUAUCUGUCUUGGCCACCAACUGCUCGCUCGAGCGGCCGGCGCUAGCACAAUCAAGAUGAAGUUUGGUAACCGUGGUGCCAACAUUCCCUGCACAAGCUUGCUCACUGGAAAGUGCCACAUCACCUCACAGAACCACGGAUAUGCCGUUGACUCCAAAACUCUACCCAGCAGCUGGGAAGAGCUCUUCGUCAACGCCAAUGACGGCAGUAACGAGGGUAUCCGACACCAGCAAAAGCCAUACUUCAGUGUGCAAUUCCACCCUGAACACACACCUGGCCCCCGUGACACGGAGUACCUCUUCGAUGUCUUCAUUAGCACCAUACAAAAGGCCAUGACAUCACCAGAGGUCAUGUCAAAACCAGUCGAAUUCCCCGGUGGCACUUUCGAGGAGAACAGAAAGCUCACCCCUAGGGUCGACGUCAAGAAAGUCCUUGUUCUUGGAAGUGGAGGCUUGAGUAUUGGACAGGCUGGAGAGUUUGACUACUCUGGUAGCCAGGCUAUUAAGGCUUUGAAGGAAGAGGGCAUCUACACUAUCUUGAUCAACCCCAACAUCGCUACCAUCCAAACCUCAAAGGGUCUCGCCGACAAGGUCUACUUCUUGCCUGUCAACGCAGACUUCGUCCGCAAGGUCAUUCAGAAAGAGCGACCCGAUGGUAUCUACGUAACCUUCGGUGGUCAGACUGCACUCCAGGUCGGUAUUCAGCUCAAGGAUGAAUUCGAAGGUCUUGGUGUCAAGGUUCUUGGUACCCCAAUUGACACCAUCAUCACCACUGAGGACCGCGAGCUCUUUGCCCGUAGUAUGGAGUCUAUCGGGGAGAAGUGUGCCAAGUCUGCAUCUGCCAACAACGUCGAAGAAGCCAUGAAUGCGGUCAAAGACAUUGGCUUCCCUGUCAUUGUACGAGCAGCAUAUGCUCUGGGUGGACUCGGUAGUGGUUUCGCCGACAACGAGCAACAACUUCUUGAUCUGUGUAACAAGGCUUUUGCAGCCAGUCCUCAGGUGCUCAUUGAGCGCAGUAUGAAGGGAUGGAAGGAGAUCGAGUACGAAGUCGUCCGUGAUUGCCGGGACAACUGCAUCACCGUUUGUAACAUGGAGAACUUCGACCCGCUCGGUAUUCACACUGGAGACUCUAUUGUCGUUGCGCCCUCGCAGACCCUUUCGGACGCUGACUACAACAUGCUCCGAACGACUGCUGUCAACGUUAUCCGCCAUCUUGGUGUUGUUGGCGAGUGCAACAUUCAGUACGCACUUAACCCAUUCUCCAAAGAGUACUGCAUUAUCGAGGUCAACGCUCGUCUUUCGCGUUCUUCCGCUCUUGCUUCCAAAGCCACUGGAUAUCCUCUUGCAUUCGUCGCUGCCAAGCUUGGUCUGAACAUCCCUCUCAACGAGAUCUCCAACUCAGUCACACGCUCGACUUGCGCUUGCUUCGAGCCAUCGCUUGAUUACGUCGUGGUCAAGAUUCCUCGCUGGGAUUUGAAGAAGUUCACCCGUGUAUCGACUCUUCUCGGCUCAUCUAUGAAGAGUGUCGGAGAGGUCAUGAGUAUUGGCCGGACGUUCGAGGAGGCCUUGCAAAAGGCUAUUCGUGAGAUUGACCCUAGCAAUCUUGGCUUCAACGAGACCCCUGCCUUGAUGGAAAUCGACCAGGAACUGCAAACACCUUCCGAUCAGCGUCUCUUUGCUAUUGCUAAUGCUAUGAAAUCUGGAUACAGUGUCGAUAAGAUCUGGGAGAUGACCAAGAUCGACAAGUGGUUCCUCAGCCGUCUCAAGUCUCUAAGUGAGUUCGAGAAAUUGAUGGCGGACUACGACACUGUCAGCAUCACCAAGCCCUUGAUCAAGAAAGCUAAGCAACUCGGAUUUUCUGACCGUCAACUUGCCAAAUUCUGGGCAUCCAAUGAGCUCGCUGUACGCCGUGUACGUGUCGAUGCUGGUAUCUUCCCUGUUGUGAAGCAGAUUGAUACCGUCGCUGCUGAGUUCCCUGCGGUAACCAACUACCUUUACCUCACAUACAACGGCAAUGAGCACGACAUCAGCUUCAACGACAAGGGUAUCAUGGUGCUCGGUUCCGGUGUGUACCGUAUCGGAUCUUCUGUCGAGUUCGACUGGUGCUCUGUCCGUGCCAUCCGCACACUGAGGCAGCAGGGCUUCAAGACCGUCAUGUUGAACUACAACCCCGAGACCGUUUCCACUGAUUACGACGAGGCCGACCGUCUCUACUUUGAGUGCAUCUCUUUGGAAACCGUGCUGGACAUCUACACCAUUGAGAACUCGAGCGGCGUGGUCGUAAGUAUGGGUGGUCAGACUUCAAACAACAUUGCCCUACCGCUGCACCGCAUGAACGUCAAGAUCCUUGGUACUUCCCCAGAGAUGAUCGAUACCGCAGAGAACAGAUACAAGUUCUCUCGUAUGCUUGACCGUAUCUCUGUAGACCAGCCUGCCUGGAAAGAGCUCACAAGUAUUGAGGAGGCGACCGAGUUCUGCGAGCGGGUAUCUUACCCCGUCUUGGUUCGUCCUUCCUAUGUUUUGUCUGGAGCCGCCAUGAAUACUGUCUACUCGAAGCACGAUCUGGCUAAUUACUUGAACCAAGCGGCAGACGUGUCUAAGGAACAUCCUGUCGUUAUUACAAAGUACAUUGAGAAUGCCAAGGAAAUCGAGAUGGACGCUGUUGCCAACAAGGGUACGAUGAUCGGACAUUUCAUCUCUGAACACGUAGAGAAUGCUGGUGUUCACUCCGGUGAUGCCACUUUGAUUCUGCCUCCCCAGGAUCUCGACCCCGAGACCGUGAGACAGAUCGAAGAUGCCACUCGCAAGAUUGGAGCAGCUCUCAACAUUACAGGACCGUACAACAUCCAGUUUAUUGCUAAAGACAACGAGAUCAAGGUCAUUGAGUGCAACGUUCGUGCGUCCCGAUCUUUCCCCUUCGUCUCCAAGGUUAUGGGUGUCGACCUGAUUGAGAUGGCUACCAAGGCCAUGGCUGGUCUACCUGUCCAGGAGUACCCACCGGUCAAUAUUCCAGCAGAAUAUGUUGGUGUCAAGGUUCCCCAGUUCUCAUUCUCUCGUCUCUCUGGUGCCGAUCCUGUUCUUGGUGUAGAGAUGGCUUCCACCGGUGAAGUUGCUUGCUUCGGUCGUACCAAGUACGAAGCCUAUAUCAAGGGUCUCAUCGCCACCGGCUUUAGGCUGCCAAAGAAGAACAUUCUCCUGUCAAUUGGUUCGUUCAAGGAUAAGUUGGAAAUGCUUCCAUCAAUUGAACGCCUGCACAAGAUGGGCUACAACCUCUUCGCAACUGCUGGAACUGCCGACUACAUUCAAGAGCACGGUAUUCCGGUCAAGUUCCUGGAAGUCCUUUCUAGUGGCGAACACGACGAGCAGAAGCAAGAGUACUCGCUCACACAGCACUUGUCCAAUAACCUUAUCGAUCUCUACAUCAACCUGCCAUCAAGCAACCGCUUCCGCCGACCUGCCAACUACAUGAGUAGGGGUUACCAGACACGUCGUAUGGCCGUCGACUAUCAGACUCCAUUGGUCACCAAUGUCAAGAACGCCAAGUUGCUGAUCGAGGCAAUUGCCCGCCACUACGACAUGGAGGUCAGCAAGGUUGAUUUCCAAGACUUCACUGUUGCUACCGGAUCCCACGACCAAUCUUCUGGAGCCAAUUCUAGCCUGAACAGUUCAUUGUCUCUAACGCAGCUCCUCGCGAAGUCGCCAUUCAAGCAACAGAGCAUUACCUCUGUCAAACAGUUCUCCCGAGCAGACCUCCACCUUCUGUUCACUAUUGCCCAGGAGAUGCGCCUGGGUACUCAGCGACAGGGCUGUCUCGAUGUCCUCAAGGGUCGUGUACUUUGCACCAUGUUCUGUGAGCCAUCUACAAGAACGUCAGCUUCUUUUGAUGCUGCCAUGAAGCGUCUGGGUGGUGAGGUUGUUGUCAUUAACGAAUCAGUUUCUUCUACCCAGAAGGGCGAGUCUAUCGCUGAUACCAUCCGUACUUUGGGCUGCUACGGUGAUGCUAUUGUCCUCCGCCACCCAUCCGAGGAAUCCAUCGACAUUGCCACAAAGUUCUCUGAUGUUCCAAUCAUCAACGCUGGCAAUGGAAGCCGCGAGCACCCAACUCAGGCCCUUCUCGAUAUUUUCACUAUCCGUGAGGAGCUUGGAACCGUCAACGGCCUCAACAUUACCUUCGUUGGUGACCUCAAGUACGGCCGCACUGUACACUCCCUGUGCGAGCUUCUUUCUCACUACGACGUUACCAUCAACCUCGUCUCUCCAGAGUCCCUCGUUAUGCCUUCGGGUGUAACCAACGCUCUCAAGUCACGAGGUCAGCUGAACAAGGUUUCCAACGAGCUCACAGACGAGAUUGUCGCUUCUUCGGAUGUCAUCUACUGCACUCGUGUGCAGAAAGAGCGCUUCCCCGACGUGGCCAGCUACGAGGCUGUGAAGGACGCGUUUGUCAUUGACAACAAGUUGUUGAAGGGAGCCAAAGAGAACAUGAUUGUCAUGCACCCACUGCCUAGGAACAAUGAGAUCAACGAGGAGGUUGACUUUGACCCUAGGGCGGCAUACUUCAGACAGAUGAGAUACGGACUGUAUACCCGCAUGGCACUGCUCGCUAUGGUCAUGGCACCGUAG